AUGUGUGGGCGCAGAGGUUUAACGGGCGUUGGUCUGCAAGGGCCUAUUCCAACUUCCAUCAGCAACUUGAGAGAGCUUGUUGACCUUGAUUUUAAUACGAAUCAGCUGUAUGGCUCAAUUCCAACUGAAGUCUUCACUCUCACAAAGCUGACACACCUUCCAUCCCCUAUCACUGAUGGCACACCACAAGAACUUCUCGUCACACUGCUAUACGACUUUUGA